AACGCAAAAAGCAGACCUAAAACAUAAAGAAUGCGUCUUUGUUGAUCUGAUUUGACAUUUGUAACUACGUUUAUAAAUCCUGUAUAUAUUUGUAGAUGCGGUAGUUCUAUUCGCAAGAGAAGAGACGAAGUGGAAUAAAACAAGAUUAAGAAUGGAGAAUCGACAUGGAUUUUUUGUGUUGCUGAUGAUUGGUUUUCUGCACUGGGCAUUGUUGACCGUUGAAGGGGCUCCACUUCCAGAGUCAGGUGUAGGUGUAGCAGCUGCAGGUGAAGUUCCCAUAUCCUCUCUGGCUCUGUCUGUGUCUGGAUUGCUUCUGUUGAUAAUCCUGGUUGCAAAUUGUGUUUCCUGCUGCAAGGAGCAGGAAAUCGAUUUCAAGGAGUUUGAAGAUCACUUUGAGGAUGAGAUUGAUUUCACCCCCCCAGCCGAAGACACUCCUUCGAUUCAGUCACAUGCUGAGGUUUACACACUCGCUGUCCCCCCUGUACUUCUGCCUGGACCCCCUCACCUUCAACCACCCAGGAUAGCAGAUGGAUCUCCGGCUUCGCAAGUUGCACGUCACAGUCUGAGUUAUAUCCAGGAAAUCGGAAACGGCUGGUUUGGGAAGGUUCUUCUUGGUGAGAUCUAUACAGAUCCUGGAGUAGCCAGUGUCGUAGUGAAGGAGUUAAAGGCCAACGCCAGCGACAAAGAACAAAAUGAGUUUCUACAAAAUGGAGACCCAUACAGGGUUUUGCUGCACCCCAAUAUACUUCAGUGCCUGGGGCAGUGUGUGGAGGCCAUCCCCUUCCUCCUGGUCUUCGAGUUCUGUGAACUGGGUGACCUGAAGAGCUAUCUGCUGAGCCAGCAGGAGCUGAUCUAUGGGAGCUCUGAGUUUCUCCAGCUGCAGAAGAUGGCCUGCGAGAUUGCUGCUGGAGUCGCCCAUAUGCACAAACACAACUUUGUGCACAGUGACUUGGCUUUGCGGAAUUGCUACGUUACCACAGAUUUGACUGUCAAAGUGGGCGACUACGGAAUAGGAGCCAGUAGGUACAAGGAGGAGUACAUUAUCACUGACGAGGAACAGGUUGUGUCCCUACGCUGGACUGCCCCUGAGCUGCUGGGAGAGAUCCAUGGGGUGGUGGUAGCCGCAGAUCAAACCAAACCUGGCAACGUGUGGGCCCUGGGUGUCACGCUGUGGGAGCUGUUUGAAAACGCCACCCAACCGUACCCUCACCUUUCAGACAGGGAGGUGCUAAUCCAUGUCAUAAAGGAACAACAAAUUAAGCUCUUCCAGCCCCAGGUGGAGCUGCCUUACUCUGACAGAUGGUAUGAGGCGCUGCAGUUUUGUUGGCUUUCUCCAGACAAGAGGGCCACAGCUGAAGAAGUGCACAGGUUGCUCACAUACCUCCGCAUGCAAGGCCAGAAGGAGUCCGAGGAUGACUUUGAGCAGAGGUGGAAUGCGCUCAAACCAAACCCCAGCAACAGACAAUCCACCAUGAGCCACUCUUCGUUCCCCAUCCUGGAGCAGUUUGUGGACGACGGGCUCCACCGUGAGAUGGACGAAGUCCUGACAGUGACAGAGACUAGCCGAGGCCUCAGUUUUGAGUAUGUCUGGGAGGCAGCCAAGCUAGACCACUUUGAGGACCAGAGCCCCUCCAGUAUGGACACGACUGUCAACUACCACAGCAUGUUCUUCCCUGUGCCCCCGUACGAGAAGCCCGUCUUCUCCGAGUCUGGCACAGUGAAGGGGGGUGAUGCCGGGAGCCAGGGUCCUUCUGCUGGAGUUCCUGGGGAGCUUCCUGUCUUUGACGCCCACAAACCGUCAGUGGGGAGUGAGUACUAUAUACAGUUAGAGGAGCAAGGAGAGAGCAGCCUGGAGGUAGAUGAAAAUCAGUGUCCUACAGGCCCACAUGACAAUGAUCGAGAGGUUCACCAGGACAGGCAUUCGCAACAGUAUGUUGUCCUCCAGGAUAUACGCUUGGAUGAAUCCAGCACGGAUGUUGAUUUCUUCUACCAGAGCAUAGACUCCAAGGACUCAAAUUUACCAGAGAGCCAGGUUGGGUCACAAGCUUCCAGUGAUCUAGAAAGCCCCUAUCACACUAACAUUUUUAGAGAAAGCACGAAAUCGGAAGAUGCAUCCUGGAACAGGGGCUUCCUUGAGCUACCUGAACUGAAUGUGAAUCACAUACAAAGGACCCCUGGCAUCCAGGAGUCUGGCUUAGAGUCUGGAGCAAAUAGAACAGAAAGAGACUUCAAUUCCUCUUUUUUAGGAGGUGAGCAGGAGACCGUUUACAUGGAAAGUAUUACAGAACAACCUAAUGAUAUGCGGUUACUGAAUUCAGAAAAACUGAGAGAUAACUACUUAUUUCUGAAGGAGAAAAACUUAAUGAAGGAUCCCUCAUCUUCCUCUAGAAAUAGCAUGGACUUAAGAUCUGAACUUUUAGAUGCUGAUUUGAAUAGCUUCCCAGAUAACUGUUUUAAAAUGGAUUAUGGGGACAGUUUAAAUAACAAAGAUUUGGAACUUGAUGGGCCAAUAAGCCCUUUGUUGUAUGAGAGUGUUCCUAGUUUCUCAAAGGAAGAAUGUUUGGACUUUUGUAUUCCAGAUUUGAAUGAUUUUCUGCAGCCUUUAGUUCAAGAAACACUGUUGCCUUCAUGUUCACCAGUUAUAGCUGAAAGCUGUAGUGACACACUACAGAGUAGUAACUCCUUCGAUGAAGAGUGCGUUUUACUCAAAUCCUCGAAAGCAGGGACUCAUUUUCCUCUUGACUCUACCUCCGAGAGUGCUGAUGUCUCAUCAAGUCCCACCAACGGCCACGAAUCCCCUCUGUUUCGGGAAAGUGCCACUUGUGACAAUUCGUGCAAUGAUGCCAAAAAUCACAGCCUUCUAGAAGGUUCACGACUGUCUGAAGAAAAUGUACCUGAAAUUGUAAUCAAAGAAUCUGCAAUGAGCACAAGCCAUGCGUCAAAUUCUGCGCAUAUCAGCAAUGCUGGCUUGGAAAAUGGCCUUACAAAGAGUUACAACAAUGAAAGCUUGAUCAGGAACAUGGUUAAAGACGUUAAGAGCAGCGGUAUCCUGUCUGCAAGUUCGCUGAUGGAACAAACCAAUGGUUGCUCAUCCGAGGAGCCUUUAAUAACCUUCAAAACUAAUGAUGUAUCAGAAGAUGCAUCCUCGCAUUUGGCUUCUGCUCCUUUUUCGGACCAGAUAAGCCAAGACAGCCUACUCGAUGACAGUGAAUCUACGACUCUUUUGACAAUCGAGCAAUCAGCUGAAACGCCUGACUCGUUGGAUUCACUGGACGUACAUGUCUUAGUUGGUCCAUCUGAAAACCUGCAUGCUGUUCCUCAGAAACUCCAGCCACCUUAUAAAACUGCAGACAGUGGCUAUGAAACUGAGAAUCUGGAAUCUCCUGAAUGGAAUUUCCAGUCUGUUGUAAAGGGGCCUUCCCCCAUUGAAACUAUGCUUAACACAAAGGUAGAACAGGUUCCUGCUUCUUUACCACCUCCGGCCAUCAUUGUUUCAGAGGUGGAUACUCUAAUGGAUAUGGAUGUAGAGGAUGCAGAGAGCAGUGAACCUCAGUCCCAGACUGGGGCUUCAGUGGAAUUGUUCUCAAAUGCCAACCAAAACUCAUAUCGGGAUUCUGCAUACUUCUCAGAUAAUGAUUCGGAGAUGGAUAGAAAGUCUGAAGACAUCAACGGUAACUCUAACUCUAAUGACACUACUCUCCUCACUAGUGAUGACAGUAGUCCCAGCGUACACACUGACACUAAAAACACCUCCAGUGUUGGAAUCACGGCAUGCCUGGAAGAAAGGAUGCAACCAUCAGAAGUUCUUGUAUCUUCGCAGGUACAAAAGACUGAACCAACUAAUAAUAGGCUUCCAGAGCCAUCGGCAGAAAUAAGGAAUGCAGUAUCACAGGUCUUAGACUUCAAAGGCAACAGUCUGCCAGAGCUGGUACGCACAAUGGAAGAUGACUUGAAUGCAGAAACUAAGGUUGCUAUUUAUGGCAGUGAUGUGUUGCACAUCAGGACACCAGAACCCCUUCCUGAUGUUGAAGCCAGGCUUCAGGGCAGUACAUCUGAACCUGCAGACAUGCCAGCUGUCUCGGUCCACAUGCAGCAGUCUAACUCUUCAGGGGACAAGGUGGAUGAAAAGUUGGUGGCGUCCAACCAGAAUGAAGUCCUGAAGCUUAAGGAACCCGAUGUCGAAGGGAAAUACUUGGGCAAGUUGGACGCUUUGGAUCUCCCAGAGGUUGCGGAGGAUGGGAUUGAUGCUGAUGAGGAGGAUGAGAAUAGCGACGACUCGGAUGAAGACCCCCAAGGGUUUAAUCUGCUCAGCGAGAGCUCUGAGAGCGACGAUGACAUCGUGCAUCCUGUCCCCAUCGUGGUGACCGAGAACGACGACGGCAGGGACCUGAAAAGCCUGUUAAAGCUGACGCCUCCCCUAGCCGCACAGUCAACCAAACAGGCCGAGUCUGAAUCAAACAGAAGGGCUGUGUCGUUCUUCGAUGAUGUCACUGUUUAUCUUUUUGACCAGGAUACUCCAACAAAGGAGCUGGGUGACCACUCGGCCGGUUCAAACAGCCGAGUGUCUGAGUUCAGCAGCCCCGUACCCUCCUCCAGUCCUGGUUAUCUGAACCGCUUCACCCACUCGGAAAGCUCUACAGAUGAAGAAGGCGCUGGCUUUGAAUGGGACGAUGAUUUCUCUUCUCCGGAGCCCUCCUACGUCUCCAAAGCAGCCAGUCAGCUGAUCAUUUCCAAAGCGUCUCCUCCAGUGUCGUCCCGGUACUUCUCUCCCCCGCCACCCCCCCGCACCACGGAGCAGAGCUGGGCAAGCUCCUCCCCGUACUCCCGCUUCUCCAUCUCUCCAGCCAGCAUCAGCAGCUUCUCACUCACACACCUCACCGACUCCGACGUGGAGCAAGGAGGCGAGUUCUCCAACCUCGGAUUAUUCUAGAGCAGGGGUCUCCAAUCCUGUUCCUGGAGAGCCUUCUGAUAAGCACUUAAUUGGUCCAAUUAAGUAAUUUAGGGUACAGUUGGAACAAAAACCAGGAGGGACACCAGCUCUCCAGGACCAGGAUUGGAGACCCCUGCUCUAGAGCCAUACUGAUCUUUCUUGAGUAUUCAUUGGUACACCUUUUUUUGUUACAUAUUGUGGUAUUUUUAACCAUAUGUAUGUAAUAAUCUCCUUGAUAGUUUAACGCUCCGAUACAUGUUUUUAUAAAGGGCUUUAAAGUUAUAGGUAUGACUUUUUUUUCUAAAAUAAGAGCACUUUUGCUAUUUUUGCUAUGGCACAGACAUCCUUUUUAAUGAGGUAGUAAAUGGUAUGCUACAUGUGGAGAAACACCAGAACUGCUGCAGGAUCAGUUUUAAAAAGGACAGCUUCGUUGUCAUGAUGACGUAAGAUGCUAUUUUAGUUUAAUCUGUUACCAAACACAUGGCAACAGUGACUUGUGCCUCUAAGCUUUGUGAUGUGAAAUGAGUCACUGUUUAAUGGAUAGCACUGUAAUGUGUUUUUUUUAAACAGCUGAGACACAUCUGCCACUUCUUGCCGUACAGUAUCAAUGGCAUAACAUUUAUUGGUAUAAUCACUCCGGAUUGUUAGAGAUGCAGUUCAUUGUGAGAUUCAUUUCAGAAUUUGUUUUCUUUUUAAUUUGAGAGCAGUUUGAAUUCGAUCUAUAAUGUAAAGCAACAUGAGGGGUAAUUGUAUGAAUGAAAUAUAAUUAAUAUUGAUCUGAUAUAUUAUUAUCUUACCUAUUUAACAAGAGAUUUUACAUUGGUUUUAACUGUUGCCUUUUCAUUGAGGGUGGAUGCAAAUGCUACUGUAAGAUAUCAGGUAAAUGUAUACAAGGCCCAAGCAAAUUGCCAGUAAAACACAAUUAUGUGCAGAUUGAGAAAUGUACAUCAUCCAUUUUAUUUUGCAUGCAAGUAGUUGAGUGGGAAGAUUGAAUCCUGACUUUUGAAUUUCAAACAGGUGCAAAAAUCAUAGAUAAAAUAUGUCCUUGCAUCUUUAAUCAAUGUUCAGUUGCUGUGCAGAAAACACGUUUGCACAGUGAAUGGACAGCUUUUAAUAGAAUUAAACAGAACAAGCUACUUCAACAAUCAGGCAGCAUUCAUUCAGAGUCAGCUCUUGGACACGUGUGCUAAAUGCUGAUUUUCUUGUGAUAUAUCAGGCACACUCUUAGGAAAUGUCAAUGUUGUAACAGGUUUUAUCAGUCUAUGAUUAAAGUAAAUACAAAUGCCUCUGGGGUUUGUUUGAUAUUUAAAAUGCAUUUACAAAUGCUGAAGGUAAGACAAAUUUCCAUUGUGAAACCACAGUGCACCAGAUAGAUAAUUUCUGGGCUGCUGGAUGGAAAAUAUGACUGGACAACAAGACUCACUGCCUGAUCGCAUUCUGUCAAGGCCAUGGGUGUGGAGACGCAGACACUGUGUGAAUUAAGCAGAUGUGCUUUUUCUGAAAGACCUGCAGGUUUCAAUAACUCGGAUCACAGCAUUAGAGGCAACGAUGUAUGGUGUGAUGUCAUCUGACUGGCCAGUUUUCUGAGCCAUAAAACUUAAAAUAUUAAGUAGCUGUACUAAAAA